CGCGUGCGCGAUCGGCUUUUUUGUUUCCUCGUCACUUUUUUCCUCGACAUGUGCGCUCCUCUUUCUUCUUUCGAAAUUCAUGAGUUAUAAGAGUGCUUGGAUUUUUUCGCUGGAAGACAUGUGAACGAAAUUGCUGUGUGUGUGUUAAUUUUUGACGUGCUCGGUGACAAGUAUUUAGAAAUUUGGAGCAAAUUUAUGCUGUUAUUGCCUGUGAAUGCGUUCUGAUUUGCAUGUAAAUUUUGGUGAUUGCGAGCUUCGACUGAGAUAUACUUGAAUGUUUAGAUGUCUCCUGUGAUUUAUUUUUAUUUACCAGACAACUAUUUUUAAUGAUUGUGCAUCAGCAUAAGCUAAUUGUCAUCUACUUCAAAAAAGGGUUGUCGUUUGAACAUACGAAUCCCUGAAAUUUGCAACCAAGUUUAACGAAAACUGUUAAUUCCAAGUCAAAGUUGAAAUUCCAAAAGUAAACAGAAAUCUUCAUGCACAGUUCGCAAGUGUCAAGUGUGAAAAAACAGGCAUUUAUACGGAAACGUGUCUCGUUCGAAUUUCCAUCGAAACACCGGAUUUGUUUACUCUUGACUACGCGCAUGCGCUCCACUUUGAAUGUGCGUUACAAGCUCAGUCGUUUUUUUGUGUCUCGACGUGACUGAAACUGAAGCUUGACUCUUUUCGGGAAAUAGUACAGAGACGUCAAGGACAAUCGACUGGCCAAAUUGGUUGCGUUUACUGCAGGCAACGCCGACGAGAAGCAAUGAGCGAGGACGAACACGAUCGACCCGUAGGCUUCUGCUGCUGCAGGUGGCUUUGAAAAAAGAUAAAGAAAAGGAGACAUCAAGGUGUGUACGCGUAACGACAGCCUCGACUUCCGGGCUUGUGCAGUGUAUGAUAUGCUGCUGCAUAAGCGAGAAGUUGAAUAGCCCGAAGAAGAGUCGGAGAGUUUAUAGAAGAGUGCCGUAGCCAUGGCCUACGUCCUCUGGCGAGUCUUGAUGAAGAAGUACUCCAAGGUGCGCCUCGGAAUACGAAACUUUCCGGUGAUUCCGGCAGAGCGCCGAGCGAUAACUGACAAGGAGAGCACGGAAACGUGGAGCUUGGCAGUCGAGCAGCAAGCCCCUGAGAGCAGUGAUGUAAGCACGGCGAAAAUCGCCGACGAGAAGCCGGAACUUGACGCAGACCAACCACCGAUCAGUCGCGGCCACGAGACGCGCAAGAGCAAGAGCAAACGAGUGAAGAGUUAUUUGAAGCGCUGCAAGGGUGCGCUGACGCGCGCCGAGGACGCGUCCUGCGAGAGGAAAAAGUCGAUCGAACGACGGCAGCAGCAGGAGCAGCAGGAGCAGCAGCAGCAGCAGCAGCAGCAGCAGCAGCAGACGAGUUGCGCGUGGUACGUCGAGAGCAGAAAGGAGAGCGCGAAAACCGAGGAAGAAGAAGAAGACGAGGGAGAGCCUGUUUUCGAAUUGUGUAAAGCGGCGGGUAGCAGAAAUUCACUUUACGAAGAUGCGCGCGAGGAGCUACGAACGAAAGCAGAGGAGGAGGAGGAGGAGGAGGAGAAGAGCGCUAAGGCGGGAGACGACGGAAGUUUGAAUAAGUGCGACUCGAGCGACACUCUCAUCGCACCUCAAGAAGCGAAAGACGACAGCGAGGAGGACGCCGGACCUGCCACGCCUACCAUCAUACCUAACACCGUGGUGCGAGCGGACGCAGCAUCGUUGAUAAGAACCUACCUCGGGCCCAUCUACGGCGAAAAUGUUUUGGACAUCUUGACGCGUCAAGCGCGCGACAUCCUCGUUUGCGCUUACCACGGCAAUCUGGAAAACUUCGUAAAAUGCUACCUGACCCCGGCAGUCAAACUUCUCAGCGAAGUCAAACUCGUCGCUUCGAACAAGGGUAACGCAUUGGUGACGCCCGAAGGUUGGCCUUUAACCCUCGGUGGCCACGGACUCGUGCUGAGGCUCGGCGAGUUAGAAGCCUCGGCGCUGCGUCUCGGGGAAUGCUACCUCUGCGUGCGCAGCGCCGCUGCUCUGGCCAGCGCUGCCACUGUGACUCUCGACUCAGCAACGCUCGCGGCACCAGUCACCGCUGAACAGCAGCGCAAGGAUUCUGUUGAGAUAGCCCUGGUGUGGCGAUCGUCGUCGAUGCGUGCCCCAGGGCUGUUGGGCUGGGAGCUGGAGGACGAGCUGACAGUCGGGUCGGAGUGGCGCGAGCCGUUAGUGGCCGCAGCCGCAGCACCCAACUCGUCCUCGUCGGCUCUGUCCACCACCUCGUCGUCAACGGCGUCGUCCGUUGAUUCGGCAACAAGAUGGACGCAUCAUCACCAUCACCACCGUAACCAUCGUCGCUACCAUCACGAGAGCCGGUCGACCGAGCGCCACCACCACAAUCAUCACCGCCAUCGCGAGGAUAGCUUCGCGAGUCGAAGCAGCGCCAUCGAUGAGUUGCUGGGUCACCACGACGUCGUCAAGUCCAAGUCGUCGUCGAGCGUGGACGCGUGGGCCGAGGAAGCUCGAGCCGCCAGCGAGAGACGAUCGACCAGCUCGAGCCGAUGCGCCGGCGAACGCGACAAUCAGGCGCACGGCUUUCCCGCUUACGCAGCAGCCGCGCCUGAUCACCGCAGCAAGCUGAAGCGGGGCACGCGAGUGGUGUCGCCGGCGACAAUGGAAAAAUGGAAGGAGACCAGCCGCUGCGAGACACGCAGUCGCGUAUUAGCCCCGCGCGACUUGGCCACACCCGUGGCCCUCGAGACAGUGGCAACGAUCGAGCCGCCGUUCAAGGAUCGCCAGCUGGCCAACGGCGACGCGACGGCGCUCCAUCGCUUCGAGCACGUAUCACGACCGGACCAGGUGUCGGACCUCGAACUGCCGGCUUACAUCAGCACGCUGCUCGUCACGGUCGAGCGUAAAAUCGAGAGGGUCAACGUCGACGACUUGACCUUUCCGUGCACCGCGUGCCGCAACAUCGACACCGACGACCCGCUGCUCGGUUGCAAGUGCGCGGGAGACAGUUGCGAGUGCGUGAACGAGGCCAACUGCGAGUGCGGCGACGCCGGCUUGCCCAAGCUCGAGACCGCCAGGAGCUUCGAGAUCGCCGGCAUCAAGCACAUCGACAGCGACGACGAAGAGGAAGUGCGCAUGGGCUUCGGUACUAAGAAGCGAAUCGACGAUGUGACGGCGCCCAGGACUAUUCACGAGAUAUCCGAACGAGCACUCAAUUGCGGCCUCACACUGCCUGGCUACGCAGACGUCGCGAGCAGACCAGUGCUGGAAUUCGAUGGAGGCUCAACGCGGCGGGAAGUCGUGUCGUCUCGGGAAAUGGCCACUCUUCUGCUCUACCUCGCACGUCUACCAAGCGUGGACAGCUCGCAGGAGUUCGCGCUGCUCGUCAACGCCAAUUCCAAGGAGGAGGUGGAGACUCUCGAUCGAGCGCUCAAUCUCGUCAAGGGCAAGCUCAGAGCGGCGCAAGCGUAUCUGCUGCGCAGUGCACCGGAAGGCAGGUCGUGCGACCUCUUUACACGUAGCCACCUCAAGACCGUAAACGUGGACGAGAGCACACUGGAAAAACACAUCCCCAGGCGAACAACGGACUACAAUCACGAGCACUGCGUCGCCUUCUACAAGGAAUACGACAGCGUGAUGACGGAGUGGCAAGCAGCCGGUCGCCGACUCGCCCUCGAAAUGUCCGAGUUAAAAGAGUGCACGAGCCUGUCGGGCAGUCUGACACCCCUCAAUAGACUGCUUGCCGACCCGACCCUACGACGCACCGCCCAAGAUGCCGAGGAGGUCAUGGCUCAGCUUGAGGAGAGAGCUGCUUCGUUGGCGAACGUCGAUCAUGUCAGGCUGUCGCUGGAACGAGCGCGUCGACUCGUCGAGGAGGUCGGCAAUGCUGCCACGCGACUCGAGUCGUCGUUCGAGUCACGUCGCGCAACCAUACGCAACCUUGCUGUGCUGAGGAGCAUCGAGGACCAGGCGCGCGAG